AUGGGCAUAAAAGAGAAUGUCAAUAAUGCCAAGUUGUUUGUAGAGAUAUCUUCCGAUGCCCAAAGGGAUGAGGAUAAUAAUACAAAGUCGACAGCUAAAUCGCCAACAAAUAUACAUAAUAUCUUAUCGAAUAGCAAUGAGCAAGAUGUUGAUGAUGGACUUGAGGAUAUAGACUUGUCAUCUGAUGAUCUGGCCGAGGAGGAGGAGGGAGAUGGAAAUGAUCAGUCAACAAACUCAACAACUUCGAUAGGUGAUGUAGCUACAUCACCAACAACCAAUGAACACAGCAACAAUGCUGCUGCCAACGAUACCAUUGGGACCGCCAGUGACAUAACCAACGAUGAUUGUACUCAAGGUUCACAAGUGGACACCUCGACAAACCUGUCCACACUCUCGCUCGACAACAAGGACACAGCCCUGAGUCAGCGCCAGAUACUUAUUAUAUUCUCGGGACUGGUGAUGUCCCUGUUCCUCUCCUCUCUGGAUAUGACAAUCGUUGCCACCGCCCUGCCAGCCAUCAGUGAAGACUUUGGAAGUCUUGACCAGCUGUCCUGGGUGGUCACCAUAUAUUUGCUGACAUCAACAUCUUCAUCGCCGCUCUACGGCAAAUUCAGUGACAUAUUUGGAAAGAAGUUGAUGCUAAUGUUCUCGCUGUUGACCUUUUUGGUGGGAUCGUUGCUGUGCGCCACUGCCACAACGAUGAUCAUGCUCAUCAUUGCCAGAGCCAUACAAGGUGUUGGUGGUGGAGGACUGAUGUCUGCCGUGAUGAUCGUCAUGGUGGAGAUUGUGCCACUGCGCGAGCGUGGCAAGUAUCAAGGCUUGAUUAGUGGAGUCUAUGCAAUCUCUAGUGUGAUUGGACCACUGAUUGGAGGCACAUUCACCGACCACAUCACAUGGCGUUGGGCAUUCUGGAUCAACCUCCCACUUGGCGUACUGGCAAUGGUGGUGGUGUUCUUUGCACUCAAGAUACCUCAAAAGGUGAUACCAUUCCGCAAGGGCAUCAAGAAGAUUGACUUUGUUGGCACAUUCUCCUUGGUGGUCAGCGUGAUCAGCUUCUUGUUGGCACUCAGCUGGGGUGGUCAGAUGUACAGUUGGUUGUCACCGAUCGUUCUUGGUCUGUUUGGUGGAUGCAUCCUCUUCUUGGCAGUGUUCAUCGUUAAUGAGUACAGAUUCACACGUCAUCCAAUCAUUCCAAUGGAGUUGUUCAAGAAUCGCAACUAUGUCGUCUGCAGUCUGGGCUCAUUCUUCCUUGGCUUCAUCAUGUUUGGCGUGAUCUACUACAUUCCACUUUACUUUCAAAUAGUUGGUGGACUAAGUGCAACAUCAUCCGGUCUGCAGUUGCUGCCCACCAUGAUGGGCAUCGUUGUGAUGGGUGUUGUCUCUGGCUUCUUGAUCACAAGAUUUGGACACUACAAGUCCUACCCGAUCAUUGGUACCAUAAUGAUGACUGUUGGUACCUUCCUCAUGUCUCUGUGGUCAACUGGUGUGUCAUCGCAGGCUGUAUACAUUGGAUUCCAGCUGUUGGUUGGUAGUGGCAUCGGCCUAACCAUGCAGAUCCUUACAAUGGUCGUCCAGAACUCUGUAGAAUACAAGUACGUCUCCAUCGCCACUGCUACCAUCAGCUUCUUCCGCACGAUCGGUGGUGUUGUUAGUGUCUCACUGUACAGCGCAAUCCUGAUUGCAAGCUUCCACAACAACCUGUCUUUGUUGCCACCCGACAUACUAGGUGAUGUCGAUCCAUACACAUUCCGCACUGAGCUCCUGACAUCAAUGGCUGAUGGUGCCCAAAAGACUGCCUUCCUCGAUGCCUACUCACGAGCGAUGAGUACUGUAUUCAUUGCUGCUGGACCAUUUGCCGCGAUUGGAUUCCUGCUGUCACUGGCCAUCAAGGCAAACAAGCUCAGAACCACUCUACAUAAGCAGAAUGACAGUGAACAAGCUGUGCCAAUAUCUGCAGCCAACGAGAAGAAGCAAGCAGUCGAUGAGGAUGUUGACAAGUUGGAUAUUGUUAUCGUUGACAACUGUGAUAGUCCAAAGGAGCAGGUAGUCGUUGAGCUCGAUAACAAUAGAACUGGCAACAGCAAAAGUAAUAGCAGCAAUAACAGUGGAAGUCGAUCGGAGAAUGAUGACGACGACGAUGGAGAAGUUGUUGAUGAUGGUGCCAAUAGAGUGGACAGUAGCAUGGUGAUACCACCACCUGUCAUGGCACCAGUGUCCAAGUCAUUGGCAUCAAGCACCAAUUGUAAGAGUAUGAAUAGUAGCAACAACAGUGGUAGUAGUAGUCACCAACCACCACAGCGCUAUCAACCUAUUGUUGUAUAA